GCAAGGAUGCUUUUUUUGGGGAGUAUCUACAUAUGUAUGAUUUCACAUUUUUUGGUAUGUUCAUCUUCACCGAGUAUCUUCUAACGACGUGACAUUGACCAUCAUACAAAUUUCUGAGAGACAAAACCAGACACGCAAUUGUCCCCUGGCUCAGUUUGAGUUUGGUAGUGGCAGCUUCAUAUAAAACGGAAAAAGUUUUUUUUUAAUUGCCAUUUUAUUUUGUGGUUUUGUUCGUUAAAAAAUGAAGUGUUUAAUAAUCAUUGCGGUGUUAGUGGUUGGGACGAGUUACGCACUUCCGGAACCACCAGUACAGCAACAAGGAUGGGCACAGGCUGCACCACCGGUACAACAAGCACCAGUAGCGCAAGGCUGGGGACAGCAACAAGCCGCCCCACAACAACAGUCCGGUUGGGGUCAACAACAAGCCGCUCCAGCAGCGCAAGGAUGGGGUCAAGCCCAACAAGGCGCCCCACAACAGCAAGGAUGGGGUCAAGCACAACCACAAGUUUCCAGUGGUUGGGGUCAAGAGGGGGGCAGCGGGGGUGGCAAAGGUGGCCAGAAAGGGAUCGACUGGGACUGGAACUUUGCUCUGGGCUACCAAGGAGAAAAAGGUGGUCAGGGAAAGAACGCUGGGGGUUGGGGAGCCGCACCAGCUGCGCAAUCCGGCUGGGGACAGUCUAGCAGUGGUGGGGGUGGCUGGUCUUCCGAACCCGAGACCAACAUCAAGAAACCCAGCAUUGGCGAUAUAUUCGGCGCGAUUGCUUCCUUCCCAAGAGAACUUAAGAACUUGCUGAAGGACUCUGGUCUCUGGAUCCUGUUUCUUCCUCUGCUUAUCAUCAUCCCCUUGUUUAUCUUCGCAUUCAGCGCAGGCAAGUUUUUCGGAGGAAUGGACGAAGGUUGGGGUUGGGACAAGAGGUCAUCGUCCACGAAGACCUGGUUGGAAACGGAGUGGGAUAAUUUACGAGGUUUCAUCAAGGAUCCUAAAGUUCAACGGGCAGCGAAGGGAUUCAUGGAUGAGUUUGUCGCCAAGAGAAUCGUCACCAGUGUCACCGAGGAAGACGCCGUCGCUGCGAAAAAUGUCGAACAGGCCACACCGGCCAAAAAAGUUAACAAAAAAGUGAACAGCAAUAAGAGACGUUGAGACAGAAAGACUUUUUAAGCACUUAAUUUAUAUUUAGAAUGGGACACAUGUCCGACCCGAAUCACCAUAUUUACAUGUGGUGACACAGAUUUACAUAGGAUACCAGGAGAACCAGACAGAGUAUGAGAGCUUAUCAUAAUAAUAAUAAGAAGAAGAAAUAAUGUAAUUUAUCCUAAACACAAAGUAAGAAAGAUGUCACACAAAACGCAGCCAAUUCCAAGUGACACUUUGCAUCUAGCAGGGUGCCAAUAUAUUUACAAGGCGUACUAUUUACCUGCCAAGACGGACAUUCUUACUUGUUCUAAUAUCCAUUAAUUAAAUUCAUCCCCUGACUGACUGACACAGACAAAAGAGUGACAUUAAGGAUGACAUAGUAAAUAUAUUCACACCAGAUUUUCCCAUUUGUUGGACACCAGCACUUACGCAGCAUUUGUGUUAAUGCUCUCUCAAAUGCAGUUAAGUUUCUCACUUACUUUUACCUAAAUUACGCUUUUUACUUGUGACUGACUGCCUACCGAGAUGUAAAAACCGGUUUCAUGAUUUUCAUCAUCUUCUUGGUCGUGAAAUGAAAUGAACAAAAAUCAUGACAAACUUAAAACGAAACGGACUUGCCAAAACAGAAACAAAGAUAUCCUUAAUAUCGUCUUAAGCCUGAUAUCUCUCCUCCUACGACGGCUCUAAAGGUAUCGACUUUUUGACUACAAAUUGAAAAUUAGACAGAUUCUUGUACCUAAUCCUUCACUAAUGCGGGGUUAAGCUUUUACUUUCAAAGGAGGGCGACGAGAUGGACCACAAAUUAUUAAUGACAGAUACACACAGACAACUUAAUUUGGCUGAAUCAUCAAAAGAUCAGGUCUUCUUCUUCGUUCCCUCGUAUGUUUUCACUUUCAGGCUCAAAAUCAUGACCAGAUUUAAUACAUUAUUGUAUUUUUUAAUGUAAAACAGUGCCAAACAAUAUAUUGUAUUUCUUGUAAAAAAUUUUAGUCAUGCGAUUUUUGUUGAGAUUUCAAUUUCAGUUUAUUUUUUAUUUUUGCUAAUUUUUUACACAGUAAAAAAUGCAUAAUCCUUUCACUCUCUACGUUUACUACAUUUACAGUCAAAUCAAAAGUUAGUCAUACUUUUUUUUUCAACGUGCAAUAUCCGCAAAGAAAGGAACUUGUUUUUCUAAUGGAAGAUGACCAGAUCAUCGUUUCAUUCAAUUGUGUGUAUGUAGUAUGCAAAUUAGAUGCAAUUUUAAUUUUAUUUUUUAACAAGGCAAAAAAUUUGCGCAUCUUCGUUUAAUAUUUAUUUGCAGGUAUUUGCCGCAAGAAAAAAACUUUCUCUUUCAUAUUGUUGCUGAAAGGUCAUAAAUUUCUUGAGGAGAGGGAGAUUUAUGACGAUAAACUUGUCUAUCUGUUAAAUUGUUAUCGUAUUUAUUUUUGUACUUUUUAACUUUCUUAAAAGUUGAAAUUGAUUAAAUACAUAAAUGCAUGAAUAGUUUUA